UUGCUCGUUGCUGUAUGGCCUAAAGCUUUUCUACAGACUCCAAGUCUAAAUGCGUGUUUCUGGUCUUUACAUCCCAGCUGUUAUUACUAUAAAUCACCCGGAUGUUGGCGAGCGUUCAGAUUUCGCCUAUACAAUGUAGGUUCAGUGUAAAAAAAUCAUCCACGAAAAUGGCGGAUUUGAGUGUGUGGACACAGCGCCAUCUUUCAAGAGUAGUUGACGACUUUGAGGCUGCUGACAAGGACAAGAGUGGGUCAUUGACUUUCGGGGAGGUUUGCGAUGUCCUCAUGGUCGCCGGAUUUAAAGGAACAGAGGAACAAGCGAGGAAAAUUUUCUGCGAAUUGGAUACCGACAAAAACAACAAGAUAUCAAAGAAUGAGUUUUCGAAAGCGAUGUCACGUGUUCCAAGAGUCGACUUCAAGAUACUGGUUCUAAGGCGUGCAUUUAAAAAAAUUGACGCAGACGGCAGCGGGUUCCUCAACAGAGAAGAAAUCUUGAAAGCAGCAAGCGAAGACGUGGGCUUAAAUGUAACGGCAGAGAAAAUAUCAGAAAUGCUGUUAGCAAUCACCAACGAUGCCGAUAAAAAGAUUUCAUAUGAGGAGUUCCUUGACAUCUGGGGGAUGAGACAAACCUCUUCCGUCAUGCGCAUGACUUUCCAAAAGUUGGAUAAAGAUAACAGUGGAAGUCUCACGAAGGACGAGAUGUUAGCGGGAAUAAAAUCUGACGAGGAGCUUAGUAUCCAGGCAACGACCAUAUCGUCUCUGCUGGUGAAAUGGUGUAAAGGAACAUCUGUUAGUUACGAGGAGUUCUGUCGAUUUUACGAAAGCGUUCAGAAAAAAUGAAACGUACGGAGAAAACAGACAUAUUCUUUGUUGUGUAUUCCGGUAUAACGUAACCAUUAUCUAUAGUGAAAGUAGUAUUACACAAGUAGUAGCUUCCACUGCAUACCAGACUAAUCAUAAAUUACAUGUGAUAAGCUUGAUGUGCGUCCUUUACGAGGUAGAUUAAGUUAUUAUUCUAAUGUCUACGAAUUGUCGUAACUGUCCUUUACACAUUGUUGAUACAUGUCCGUACAACCGGAAGUUAGAUACAGUUAUCAGCAUUGUACUGAGGUGGUGGAUCAUCUGUUAGGGAAGGACUGAUAAUCUACGAUUGUUAUUACAUACUAAUAUAACAGGAUUCCAGUGGGAGAUAGGUACUGGCUAUAUAAGGAAGAUAAAUGGUGUCGCUCUAACACGAUUGUUAGAGGUAGCGACCUUCCCAGUGUGCUCUAUAGCCUCGUUACUGUAACAACAUGUCGUUAACUAAACGAAUGACAUAACCACAUCCUUCCACUGGGAACAGGACGUGUAUACGUUUGCUCCGACCACUAUUUAUUUUAAUGUAAUAUACUUAACAUACUAUACAGGCUAUUUAUUACCAUUGUGAUUAAAACUAAAUUUGUCACAAGAA